CUAUUUUAAAAGAGUGUUGAUUAAACUAGAUUAUUAUUGUUAUUGUUUAGCACACAGCUAUUUUUAUACGCAGUGAAAAUAUUUAAAAAUGUCAAAAGAAUCAAUUAUGUCUCCGAAUGAACAAGCAAUUAAAAUUGAACCACCAGAAAAUUUACCAGAACUUGAGGAUGAAUUAUAUGAUCCUGAUGCUAUUGUUAAAUCUGAAUCGUGUUCUGAGGAUGAUGAAACGACUUUAGAAAGAUUCAUGAAUUCCGAGGUGACUAUAGAAGAGGAAGUCAAACAGGAGCCAAUUGAGGCAUUCGCUUAUGGAUGUGAUAUUUGUAAUCGUUCAUUUGCAGAAUCACAUCAAUUGAAAGAGCAUAUGGUCGUUCACAAGCGUAGUCGUAGUAAAGAACGCCCUUUCAAAUGCGAAAUCUGUAAGAAGACUUAUAAACAAUUACGAGUGUUGCAACUACACAUGAAUACACAUACUGGAAAGUUUCCCUUUAAAUGUGAAAUAUGCGGUAAGACAUUCAAUAAUAAAGGCCAUCUGCCAGGACAUAUGUUAAUUCACAGUGGUGAGCGCCCCCAUGAAUGCAAUGUAUGCAAUAAGAAAUUCACACUAUUAGGUAGUUUGAAAACACAUAUGAUGAGACACAAUGGAGUACGCCCCCAUGAAUGCACCAUAUGCAAAAAGAGAUUCACAACAUCGUAUGAUAUGAAUGUUCACAUGAUGAAGCACAAUGGAGUACGACCUUAUGAAUGCGAUAUAUGUAAUAAGUCGUUCACCCAAUUAGUUAAUCUGAAAAGUCACAUGCUCAUUCACAGUGGUGAGCGCCCCUAUGAAUGCACUAUAUGCAACAAGAGAUUCACACAAUCAAGUAAUCUGAAAAAACACAAACUCAUUCACAGUGAAGUACUCCGCCAUGAAUGCAAUAUGUGCAAGAAGAAAUUCAGAUAUUCACAUAGUCUUAAAAGUCACAUUCUGUCACACAAUAGAGUACGCCUCCAUGUGUGCAACUUAUGCAAUAAAACGUUUACACGAUAUAGUACUCUGAAAAAUCACAUGCUCAUUCACAGUGAUGAGCGUCCCCAUGAAUGCAGUGUAUGCAAAAAGACAUUCACACUAUUGCCUACUCUGAAAAAUCACAUGCUGACCCACAGUGGAGUACGCCCGUAUGAGUGCAAUGUAUGCAAUAAAACGUUUACACAAAAAAGUAAUCUGAAAACCCACAUGGUCGUUCACAGUGAUGAGCGCCCCCAUAAGUGCAACAAAUGCGAUAAGACAUUCAAAACGUUAGGUGGUCUGAAGGUACACAAUGUUCAGCACUCACAUCAAUGCAGUGUAUGCUAUGAGAUAUUCGAAGAAUUGAGUAAUUUUGAAAAACACAUGAUGAUUCAUGAUAAAGAGUAAACUUAUAAAUGUGAAAUAUGCAAU